AUGGACCCUAGAACUAGCGGCGACGUUUCUAGUCAUUACAUCCUGCCCAAUGCAAUGGCGGUUCACAGCAUCAAUGACAACGGAAACACUCCCUCGAGGCGCGUCGACACUGUCCGCCAAAGUCAGCGCGAAACAUCUACCCUCUUGUCGUUCAGGGUACCUCCACAGGCAGAUAACAAAACCUGUACGGCGAGCAUCUUCGCCGGCCACCUAGGCAAUGGCGACAGGGUCGGUGGUGGCAAGACGGUCGAUAUCUUCAGCACUAAUAUUAUUGAUAUUAACAAGACCCCGUCGGGCAAUAUGCGCAAUAUGCAGCUUGCUCGUCUGAGCUUCAACCCCAACAGCAAGAGGUUCGACUUUGUGAGUGAUAUGCCGUCGUCUAUCCGACAAUUCCAGGUCAGGGCUGGGGACCUUCUCCAAUGGGAGAUUGUGGCUGUUGGGACCGAAGACGAGGUGUCUAUUGAGCAGGAUUUUAAUCAGGAAGGCUCGGGUCUCCCGGACGGCAUGUUUAUCGAGUAUAUGUAA